AUGGGUGCUGAGGAAGAGGUGCUGGUUACAUUAUCAGGGGGAGCCCCCUGGGGUUUCCGACUUCAGGGGGGGGCCGAACAGAGGAAACCCUUACAGGUGUCCAAGAUCCGGAGACGGAGCCAGGCUGGCAGAGCAGGACUCCACGAGCGGGACCAGCUCUUGGCGAUCAAUGGGGUUUCUUGCACCAGCCUCUCUCAUGCGAGCGCCAUGAGCCUCAUUGAUGCCACAGGGAAUCAGCUUGUCCUCACUGUGCGGAGGGUAGCAGAGGAGGGGCCUGUGAGAUCUCCAUCCCCUGGGGACCUUCAGGUGCUAUCACCGUUAUCUCCACUGAGUCCUGAGCCCCCUGGUGCUCCUGUUCCCCAGCCUCUUCAGCCUGGGAGCCUUCGCUCACCCCCUGACAGUGAAGCUUACUACGGAGAGACAGACAGCGAUGUCGAUGGCCCUGCUGCCCAGGAGAAGCCGCGCCGACCCCGCCGCCGAGGCCCCACGAGGCCCUUCCUCCCAGGAGCUCCGUCGGAUGAGGUCUACCUUUCUGACAGCCCUGCGGAGCCAGCACCUGCUAAGCCUGGCACCCCUAGUCAGGGAGACAGCCGAGUGAGCUCUCCAUCUUGGGAGGAAGGGGCAGCCCUUCAACCACCACCAGCAGAGGCUCUUCUGUUACCCCAUGGUCCACUCCGGCCCGGCCCUCAUCUCAUCCCUAUGGUGGGACCUGUCCCCCACCCAGUGGCAGAAGAUCUUACUACCACCUACACCCAGAAGGCCAAGCAAGCCAAACUUCAGCGUGCAGAAAGCCUCCUAGAGAAGAGCGUGAAGGAGGCCAAGACCAAAUGCCGGACCAUUGCAUCUCUGCUAACUGCAGCCCCCAACCCUCACUCCAAGGGGGUGCUUAUGUUUAAGAAACGGCGGCAGAGGGCCAAGAAGUACACCCUCGUGAGUUUCGGGGCCGCGGCUGGGACAGGCACGGAGGAGGAAGACGGUGUCCCUCCAACGAGCGAGUCGGAACUGGACGAAGAGGCCUUCUCGGACGCCCGCAGCCUAACGAACCAGUCCGACUGGGACAGCCCCUAUCUGGACAUGGAGCUGGCCAGGGUGGGCGCGGGCGCGGCAGAGGGUCAGAGCCCCGGGGUGGCAGGGCACCUGAGCGAGGUCUCCGGGCGAGGGGUCCAGCUCUUUGAACAGCAGCGCCAGCGCGCGGACUCCAGCGCCCAGGAGCUGCUGGCCCAGGCGGGUCCCGGGCAGGGCGUGCAGUCACCACCCCGGGCCCGGAGUGCUCCCCCGGAGGCGGCGGCUCCCCCUCUCAGCCCGUCGCCGGCCCCGGUAGCCAGCCCCAGCCCCUUCCUCCCCAGCGGUGGAGCCCCGGCCCCGGCCGCGAGCAUCUUCAACAGGUCAGCCAGGCCCUUCACCCCAGGCUUCCACGGCCAGCGGCCACCGGGUACCACUUCGGUGAUCUUCCGGCCCUCGGCUCCGAAGAGGGCCGGUGAGAGUGGGGGGGCCCUCGGCCCCGCCCCGCCCCCCUUCGGGUCCUCUCCGCCGGGGCCCGCCGCCAGCCAGGCGCCCGGCUCGGGCUCCCCGGGCCUCCCACGCUCCUCGGGCCCCGUGACGGCCACCAGCUCCCUGUACAUCCCGGCCCCGAGCCGUCCCGUCACGCCGGGGGGAGCUCCAGAGCCUCCCCCGGCUCCGGCCGGCGCGGCUGCCAUGACCUCCACCGCCUCCAUCUUCUUAUCGGCUCCCCGGCGAAGCCCCGCGCGCGCGGAGGCCCCAGCCGCGGACCCCGACAGCCCGAGCGCCCGCGAGCAGCGCAUCGCCGUGCCCGCCGCGCGCACGGGCAUCCUGCAGGAGGCCAGGCGCCGGGGCACCCGGAAGCAGAUGUUCCGGCCUGGCAACGACGAGCCCAAGAAUUCGCCCAACCCCGAGCUGCUGUCGCUCGUGCAGAACCUGGACGAGAAGCCCCGGGCCGCCGGCGGCGCGGAGUCCGGACCCGAGGAGGACGCUUUGAGCCUCGGCGCGGAAGCGUGCAACUUCAUGCAGCCGCCAGCCGGGGGCCGGGGUCCCAAGACCCUGCCGCACGCGACCCCGAAGACCCCGCCUCCCACGGCUCCCAAGACCCCCCCACCCGCUGUGGCUCCUAAGACUCCACCCCCUGUGGCUCCUAAGCCUGCGUCUAGAGGUUUCCUCGAUGGGCUGGUGAAUGGGGCGAGCCCCUCGGCUGCAAUCCCUGAGCCCCCCAGGCUGCAGGGCAGGGGUGGGGAGCUGUUUGCCAGGCGGCAGAGCCGUGCAGACAGGUAUGUGGUGGAAGCUCCGCUGGGUGCUGGCCUUGGCCCUCGCCCUAGGAGCCCUUCUCCCACACCCUCGCUGCCCCCGUCGUGGAAAUACUCACCCAACAUCCGAGCCCCACCUCCCAUCGCUUACAACCCGCUGCUCUCGCCCUUUUUCCCCCAGGCUGCCCGAACGCUCCCCAACAAGGCCCAACCCCAGGGGCCACGGGCAACCCCCAAGCAGGGCAUCAAGGCGCUGGAUUUCAUGAGACACCAACCCUACCAACUUAAAACUGCCAUGUUCUGUUUUGACGAGGUUCCUCCAGCCCCUGGGCCCACAUCGGGCUCCCCCAAAACUGCCAGAGUCCAGGAGAUCCGCAGGUUUUCCACUCCAGCCCCGCAACCCACGGCAGAACCCCUGGCUCCCACUGUGCUCGCCCCCCGAGCGGCCACCACUUUGGAUGAACCCAUCUGGAGGGCAGAGCUGGCCUCGGCCCCUGUCCCUGGCCUCGUCCCGCAAGAGUCUCUCAGGGGCCUUGCUGUCACCCCUAGCUCCUGUGGUUUCCAAGUCGCCAGGCCCCGGUUCUCAGCCACCAGAACAGGAUUGCAGGCUCACGUGUGGAGGCCUGGGGCUGGGCACUCGUGAGCAGGGAAUCGGUCCCAGGACCAAGAGAUGAAGCAUCCAGCCCCAGAAGUUGCUUCUGCCCUUAUCCAACAUCCUCUUUCAGAAAUCUGAGGCAAGUUCCCUCCAGCCAGAUAGUUAGCGUCCCAGCCCCCAGCUCACUCAUCACGCCCCAGCUUUCCCCUUCUGCUUUUCAACCCGUUAUCUUGGCUUUGGUAUUUUUGCUUUUCUGUGUUUUUCCUUGCCUGGAUAUCUGGCUUUUAUCUCUAGGACUCUCCACCGAGAGGUCUCCGUUUCUUUACGUUUCUAUUUCUCUCUGUGGGUCUCCCAUUAAUAUUCAGUGAGGUACACAGUAAAAGUGACCAUUUGGAUUUCAGGCAAGGUCACCCCUAGGCAGGCAGCCUAGAGACUGAUCCCGGUGUGUGCUAAGCUCCUCCCCAUUCCUCACUCUGCCUUUCCUAGCUUAGUUGGCAUAUGCCUAGGUGGUGUGUGUGUGUGUGUGUGUGUGUGUGUGUGUAAAACUGUGAGUGAACAGAACUGAUCUGGAAAGUGAUCAGAUGUGCACAAAUGUGCUGAGGCCGAAUAAGAGGGUGAGAUCUUAUCAGAUACCCCACCUGGGUCUUUCCCUCCUACUCCACAAGGAGUCUAGGAGAGAAAGCUUCACUGAGAAUGACUCAAUAGAGGAGCAAUAUCAGUAUUGAUAUCAAUAGAGUCUUAGCAGGUGCCCAGAAUCUUGUAAAGUUGAUGGAGUCUGACAAGGCUGAAGGCAGCAACAAUUUGCAUGAGGCGAGUAAUACCAGCUUGACCAGAAAUAGAACUAAGCAUUCUUUUAUACCUCUGCAUUUCAGGAAGUCAGCAACCUGUGCUGAGCAAGUCAGUAUCCAAUAAAUUUUUUUUUUUUUUUAAAGACAGUUUACUGUGAGAACAAGUUACUAUCAAGCUCAUUCCUUCAUGAGCCAAAGACAAGAUGGAUGGUGAAGAGAGUGAGGCAGAAGCCAGAGCAGAGCUGAAGUGAGUGAAAGUGAUUAAGAUGGAAAGGGCAGUGUUGGCUGAGAGUAAAGUUGGCUCACAAGAAUCCCACUGUGUAGCCUGCCGUGGUGGCACACGCCUUUAAUCCCAGCACUCAGGAGGCAGAGGCAGGAGGAUCGCCUUGAGUUUGAGGCCACCCUGAGCCUACAUAGUGAAUUCCAGGUCAGCCUGGGCCAG